AGACCAGAACCAAACUUCCUACACGUGAGAGCACGGCGAGACACCAGGAGCAGUGAUCCCAAGAGCUUAGAUUCUUCUAACAGCAGCAGUAACAAUAACUUAUAUUCCAAUCUUAAAGGCAGCAGCAAUCACAACAACAACCUCCUUCAUUGGGGCAGCAACCACAGUUCUCUUAAAGACUCACCCUGUUUAAGGGACACCACCUCUAUUCCCACGUUUGCCACAAGUUGUCCUCGGUCCAAGAGAAUGGGGGUCUUAUGCACUGAAAAGCACUGCAGUGGGGAAAAGUGUUUGUGCGGGAGUGCUUCGGCCAGCUCCCCAAGACCUGCAACCUUGCCUUUAUUUCCUGGAUUGCCAUGUGAGAUGAGUGAUGUUACCCAAGACAACACAAAAAAUAUAACCAUUUCAAGAAAGAGACCUUUGGACACCUCUGCACAUAAUCCGGAUGAAUCUGGAGUUCAGAUAAUUAGACGGAGGACUCAGAGGUCUCCAUCCACGGGUAAUGCCAAUGGCAUAAUUAGCCACAUCUCAUCCAGAGAAAUUUCCACGGCUCUCGGGCAGAAUGGAUUCAAACAGGAGUCAGGGCUUAAUGGAAUCAAACAUGGCCCGCUAAACGGCACCCGACCGUUGAGUUGCUUUGGGAUGGAAACAAAGGCAGCAGAUACAGUAGACCACCUUUCUACUGUAGUAUCAUCAUCACCAUCUUUAUCACAGGCACUAAUAUUUCCUCCUUCCUGCCUGUCAGGCAAGGCUUCAAAUCAUUGUGAUGCCAUCAGCAAAAAUAUACACAUCUCUCCUUUAACUGUUGGUUCAACAUUAUUAGAGACCAGCACUUGUUCAGAUGAUGUCUCUGGUGCCAGGCAUGCUCGAUUGGCAGCAUCAUCAAUGUCAUCCCCAUCAACACAGUCCAUUACACAUCAAAAGCUUCAUCAAGCCACUACUCAGGGACGUAAAUCUUCAAACUUAGGCAGCAGCAACAGCAAGAGCAGUUUAAGCAGCAGUGAUGACAAAGAUAGUGAUUCUAGCACAUCACUGUCUGGCAAAUGUAUAGCAGCACCAAAUAGCAUCGUCCUCAGUCUCCGCCAGAGAACAUUUGUGGGGAACCACAAUGCACAAAAAUCAUCUUCAUUGCCUGCGUCACCUCAACCCGAGUCAUCAAAACCCACCUUAACAGCAUCCGCCUCAUCGCCAUCACUGUCCACCCUGGGGGCGGACCCACCAUCACCCACACAAUUAUCAACAGCUCAAUGUAAAUGGCGUGACUGCUUGUGUGAACUUGAUGCCAGUGACCUGCUGGAGCACAUCCGCAAGCAUGCAGACACUCAGAUUGAAAAAGAGACCUACUCAUGCCUGUGGGUGGACUGCAAGGUCUUCGACAAACCCUCGUGGUCCGGCUCAUGGCUGGAGCGCCAUAUUGUCACACACAGCGGCCACCGUCCAUUUAAAUGCAUCCUGGACAACUGCGGCCAGCGUUUUCAUUCUCAGGCGGCCCUAGAAAGGCACGUCAAUGGCCACUUUACAGCCAACAGUCAGCAUGGGGCCAAGUGUAGCCGCAGUAGGGAGGAAAUAAACCACCGGAUGAUACAGAAGAGAAAAAGACAACUAAAACGUAGAUCUCUGCAGGCUGGUAAGUAGAUCCAUCGUUAGCUCUCAAAUUUAUCCACACAAAAAUUGGUGCACUUUGUGUUGAAGGGUAUUUAAUGCAAUUUUUGCAUAUUACCAUUAGAUGACUACUUCUUUUUCACAUUAUGAGUUUUUUAAAUAUCAUAAACAAUUAUUUAAAAGUACAUAUUUUCCUAAAAAUAGAUUGUUUGGGUAUAAUAAAAGAGUACUCAUACAAUGGAACUUGUGCUUGAACUAUGGCAUCUCACAAUUACAUAUUUGGAUUCUUUAUCAGUCAAUAAUCAUAAGGCUUCUUUAGCAAACAGCUAAUCAUUUUCUUGGGUAAAAGGUUUAUUUUAUUCUCAUAUCAUCUCUACCUACACAGAUUUUUCACAAACAAGACAAUAACACUUUUUAUUUCUUUAAAAUGACCAAUAGGAUCAUUGUGUUAUUAGCAUUAAAAAUAGUUUUUAUUGAAUGACAUUAAACCAAAUGUGUCUAUUUCAUGCAACUGCCGCAAUGGCACAUUCUAUUUUUGAAGAGCCUGUACAUUGUGGAAGAGUUCAUUUAAAACUUAACUUGUUAUUCUGUUCGUUGGGGCCACAACAGGUCUCUGAGAUGAGAUUUGACCUCUUGAAUGUCUUCAAUGGCAGUUUCUGUAUCAGGAUCUUCUUUUCAACUUUUCUUGUGGAAAUCAUUUUUUUUUUAAAAAUAUAUAAUCACAACCAAACGAGAGAACUCAAAGAUAGUACUAGUUUAUAGAUUAAUGAUCAUUUACCAUUGAAACAAAUGUGAUCAAGAUUGUAAUUCUGUUAGAGUGUUCCAAGCACUCAUGUCCAGCAGAACAGUCAGACCUUGUACAAAAUGUAACAAAUCCUGUGACAUGUAAAUCAUUCUAAGUCUAAGCUUCUUCCUUUUGAGACCACAUUCUUACUGUCUCACCUGCUCCAGCCCAGUGGUUAAAGUGUCAUGCUGACAUUUAUUGUACUGCUUACAGUAGACAAGCCCUCCAUUACCAAGGUCGUGGCAGGCCACCGAAAUCUACCACAGAGGCAUGGCAUGGCUUUUCUCAUUGAUAGUUAAUAUUCAGCAUUCUGAAGAAAAAAAAUCAAUUCUAAAAUAACAUAGUUUAAAAAAAGACAGUUUUAAAGAAGUAGGUCAGCUUAUAAGUGAAACAUUGUAACAAGGAAUGAGAACGGAAUCAGUCGAUAACUCUAGGCCCAGUUACUGUGGAGCUUCUAGAUUUAUUCAUUGUGUAACCAGUCAGUGGGAUCCAGAGUUAGAGGCUCUGAAAAGGUAGUGACAGGGGGUAAAUGGUUAGGGUGUUUCUGUGAGAGGGUAGUAGUCUGAAGAGUGGGAGACAGAGUUCUCUUUUCAGUCCAAUGAUUUUUAUUUCGUAACAAAAUUUAUGUAUUAAAAUUAUUUUUGUUUCCUUUAUUUAAAGACUUACUUUCUACUCACAAAUCAGUCAAGUUUGUAACAAGAAACUUUGUUGUCACACAUGACCCUCUCCCCAAGGUUGAUUGUGCCUGGCUGGCUGGUGCUGACCUGUAUGGUGGCACUUGAGUUGCUGACACAGAUUGAAAGCUCUGGUUACCUGGGUUUAGAAAGGAGGAAGGGGGGAGGGGGUGGGUUGGUGGGUGAUGGGGAAAGGGGAAAGGGGGAUUUUUUUUUUAUGUUGUUAAGGUGUACAAACAGCACCCCUUCCCUUUCAACAAUCAUUGGCCCCAACUGUAGGAUUUCAGGAUAGGGUGUGAGCAAGGGGAUGGGACAGACACAGAUCAUGUGAUCAAGGGACAGCAAGAGACCAGGGGUAUAGAAAGUCAAAGAAAUUUUGUUCAGAAGGGUAGUAAGGCACUUGAUGAAGCCAAAAGAUUUUUUAUAAAUGUAGGGAGUGGUUUAAGUCUAAGGGGAAUGAUUGAGUGAAGCUGUGGUUUUGGGAUGGGACUGAGUUUUGAGAGGUCCAGGAGCUGGUUUUAGGGGAUUAAAAGGUGGAGGUUGGUGGAUAAUGUGUGAUGCUUAGAGGAGACUGGUGGAUGUCGGGGGGGGGGGGGGGGGGGGGGGACGGGGUCAGGCAGUUGAAUUAUUUGCUGGUAAAAGAUGGAUGAAUUGGGUAGGAGGGAAUAUGGUGGGCGUGGGUUGGCCAACACAUUACAUUGAUGAAUGUUCAUUACAAACAUUUUAACCAUCAUAUAUUUUAGAAAAAUAUGGUUUGAGUAGCCACUAUUCUAAAAUAAAAAAUUAUUCAUUAUUUGUUUUCCUUCCAGUAAAAAGGAGUGACUUUUUUGAUGAUCAAACUAUGGCAGUGGUGAAACAAGAGUUGCUCACCUUGGCUGAGCACACCCGGCUUGAUCUCUCAGGGAACACAUUACAUACAACAUUCCAGGGUCUGGUAAGCAAUACUGUUUUACCUGUCCACCAGAAUUGGGAUUUUUUCAAGUGGCCAGGAGGGCUUGUCCACCGCUGUUGUUUUCAUCUUUGAAUACAAGCCAGCUUUGCCCUUUAAAGUCUGGAUUAGUUUUGAAUCCUACACAAUAAUUAUCUGUUUAUUUUACAUUGUAAAAAUGGUCUGGUUGAUUUGACCAUUGAGUUUCUUACUAAUUUUGACAAAAUAAUGUAGACAAUAAAGAGGAUCAUACAAAUCGGAAAAUAUUUCAAAACAGUAACAAAGUACAGAUAUAUCAAUAAACUGUAGCACAUGACAUGGCUAAAGCUAUUUAGUUCUCUAUCUUUACCCAAAUAAAAACAGCAAAUAGAAUUGUAAACUUUAUGUCUUGAUAUUUUAGAUAAAAGUGGUUUCAAAUGCUAACACUAAAACAUUUUUAAUCUAGGUUGUGGGCAGACGAGAGACACAUUUAGGCCUGAAACAGUCCCUCUUGGAAUUCACUCCUCCGGCAGUGUGAGUGCUUGAAACCAAUGUUCAAAUUAUUUUCCCAGUCAUUGCGAGCAAUGUUGAAUAGAUGACAGUGCACUCAGUGGUUACAAGUGGUGACAUUGGUCAUUAAAUGGCGAGCAAUGUUGAAUAGAUGACAGUGCACUCAGUGGUUACAAGUGGUGACAUUGGCGUGGUCUAGCCUGAACACUUCAAGGGAGCUAGAAAAGAAAUUCUUUUAACUUUUAAAAGCUUAAUUAAAAAGAAAGAUGGUAUAACUUAUCCUUGCACUAUAUCCAGUUCAAAAAUAAUAUAAAUUAUCCCUGCACUAUAUUCCAUUUAAAAUAAAGUAUAUCAAAUUUAGCCAUUUUUAAAUUGGAAAUAAAUUCCUGGUACUUUUGUUAACUUUUAUAAAAAAUGUACACAAUAUGCUAACAAUUUGUAUUUUUUUCAUUGUACAGACUUGAAGAUAAAUGGAUUCCAGAGGAAGAUUCCCAAGAAAUCUGCAAGCUCUCUGUCCCCUUGUCAGACUUACCAAAUGAUACAGUCACCAAUCUCCAUAACUGUCUGUACAGGCGACACAGAUUCCGCAAGCACAGGCGAAAAUAGGUUGUAAUUGUAUAACUCUCACGAGAUCAUGACAAGAGUGGAAAAUUAGCAGAAAUUGGUGGGAGCAGCAGAUGCCUUGAGCAGGGAGCAAGAGACACAUUAUAAGGGAGGGGCAAGGACUUUUAGGGAGCAGCAGACAUUUUAGAAGGGAGCAGCAGACACUGGUGUAAGGAGCAGCAGACACUGGUGUAAGGAGCAGCAGACACUUUUGUAAGGAGCAGCAGACAAUAAAGUAGUGAGCAGCUACCAUAUUACCAUGACAAAAUCAUUAACUACGCUGAUGUAUAUGAUGGCAGCACAUGAAUGUCUCACAUAUCUUAUUUAUUUACAUUGAGGUCAAGACUUGAUUUAGCUAUGGAUAGGGGACUACAUUUACAUUGAGGUCAAGACUUGAUUUAGCUAUGGAUAAGGGACUACAUUUACAUUGAGGUCAAGACUUGAUUUAGCUAUGGAUAGUGGACUACAUUUACAUUGAGGUCAAGACUAGAUUUAGCUAUGGAUAAGGGACUACAUUUACAUUGAAGUCAAGACUAGAUUUAGCUAUGGAUAAGGGAUUACAUUUACAUUGAAGUCAAGACUAGAUUUAGCUAUGGAUAAGGGACUACAUCUACAUUGAGGUCAAGACUUGAUUUAGCUAUGGAUAAGGGACUACAUUUACAUUGAAGUCAAGACUAGAUUUAGCUAUGGAUAAGGGACUACAUUUACAUUGAAGUCAAGACUAGAUUUAGCUAUGGAUAAGGGACUACAUUUACAUUGAAGUCAAGACUAGAUUUAGCUAUGGAUAAGGGACUACAUUUACAUUGAAGUCAAGACUUGAUUUAGCUAUGGAUAGGGGACUACAUUUACAUUGAGGUCAAGACUUGAUUUAGCUAGGGUUACUGGACUAUAUUUACUAGUUCUUGCUCUAUUUAAAGUUGACUUUUUGCUAUUUAUUGUUCAUUUAAUUUUUAAGAAUUGAUUUAUAAGAUUUUAAUAAAGUUAUGUUGACAGAAGUAUUUCAAUAUAAUCUGGGAGUAGAAAUAUAUGAGAAACUAUUAUAUGUAGAAUGUAUCCAUUUAAUCUUAAAACCAGCAGAUUUAUUUGUGAAAAAAAUCAUUCUGUUAUUUUAAGAAUCUUUUCCAGCUGUCCAUGAAAUUCAAUUAAUUGAAAUAAGUUAACAAAAAUUAAAGCAAUACAGAUUUAAGAUAAAUGUAGAGAUGAAAUGUCGUGUAGUUGGGUGGAUUGAAAGCAACUAUUUGUUAAUACACUUUUUUUAGUUAGUAAUUUAUUACAUUGAUCAAAUCCCAUUAAGCCAUAUUCCUAUGUAUCAAAUAUGUUGUGUAUUUCAAAAUGAUAACUUAUGAUUCCAAGAAAUGGUUUAUAACCAACUUGUCACUCUGCAAGCCAGUGAACAAAAUCUACCUCUUUUUAAAAAAAAAAAUAAGGGCACCCAUUAUUUUCAUCAACCACAAUUGCCUUGCCAAUCCAUCACACAGCUAUGUGCCUAAACAUGGGCCAUAUGGGACUAAAGCGUCCCAGAUGUUAACAAUUUACAUACAGAUUAGAUUUUCUAGUUUACAUGGGCUGUUAGAGGGUAGAGUAUACUGGAUGCCAACAUUGAGAUUUGAUUAUCUAAUUUGCUGUCGGGGGCUCCACAGUACUGAGGACCUGGCUUUGAAGAUGCUGGCAGUCAGUUAUGUGAUAAAAGACAGUUUUAGCACGACAGAGGUCAGCUGUCCAACACCAGGCUCUUUGUUGGUCUAGCCUUGAAAAAAAAAUAUAGACUGAGACUGAGAAGUGUCCUAACAUUUAUUAUCAGUGUUUAACUUCUGGAGCCUACCUACCACUUUUAUAAAAGACUUAAAAAUUCUCCAAGUUUAUUAUUUUUUAAGAGACGGCUUACACUCUAUAAACUAUAAACUUAUUCCAUCGCAUGACAGGAAACAUUCCCUGUCAUCAAGUCAUUGAUGACAUGUAGAACAUGGACAGUGGUAGCUCUUACUCAAGGAGAUAGCAUUUUGAUGCUUGUGUGAUCUAUUAUAUCAAUAAAUAUGUAAACAACUCAUGUAACCCUAAUGUAUUUUUUAUUUAUUAAAGCAAGUACACCAAGAUGUUGAAUUUCUGGUGUAGCUUUCUAGUUGUUGAAUAGAUGUGCAGCACUAUAGUAGACACUGUCAAGUCUGGCAGCACUGUAGUAGACACUGUCAAGUCUGGAAAUAUUUUGUGUCAUUCUUUUAUUGGGGAUUUUAAAAGAUAUUUUUAAUUAUUUCUUGUUGUGAAAUUUUAUAUAAUAAUUUUAGGUGCCUGUUUUCUUUGAGUGCAAGAAUCUUGACAUGGCUUUAGCGAAUGAACUGAUGCGUUUUAAUCUUAUUUUUGUUGGCUGUAGAGAAAGAAGAUUGAUUACUUAUUUAAAUUGCUCUUUGGUUAAUGUAAGGCGCAUCCAUUUUAAUGCAUUGCUAGCUCUCAUGAAAUUCUUUGAGAAAUGAGGCAGAAAGGCAAAGUUCUUUCAUAAAGAAUUAUGCUUCAAUCAUAUGAUUUAAAAAAAAGUAUCUUUUUUUUUUUCUUCAAUAGUACAGUGUAAUGCGAUGUUAAAAGAAAAAUAAUUUCAUAUUUAAUUUAUUGGUAAAUAAUGUGGUUAUGUUAAGAAUAAGUUGAGGAUGCGGGAAUUGUCAAAUGAAAGAUUAUACAAGUUCUUUAUUGCCCACUCCUAAUAAAUCAUCAUAAUAAGGCAGUUAUUUUACCAAGUGUCAUUAAUAUAUAUAUAUAUAUAUAUAAGAAAAGCCCAGACACGUCUUUCUUUCUGUCUGUCAGAAUGAUUAGCGCCAAUGAGAAAAGCAGCUUUUUUGUGCCACGAGUGUGUACAUUAAGUAAACAACACUUAAUAGCACCAGCGGAAACACAAAAUUAUUCAUGUGAACAAUUGCAAACAUUCAGAAAAGGAAAGUAGAAAGCAAAGGCACAGAAGGCUCCUAGUAAAGGAGUGGUGGGGUGUCCUGUGUGGUUCUGUGCUGACAUGGUUUUCCACGGACCAUUUCUAGUUUUAUAAUAGCAUCUUAUUGUUACAGGUAUGGUGUAGCAGUUAUUGAUGUACAUGAAAUCUAUUUUUACAUGUGUUUCUUGGUUAUCAUAUCAAUGCAAUAACAACUAAAAUGGCAUUAGAAUAUCUAAGGACAACUAAACCAUGACCGUAUAUGGAAGGGACCAUGCAUCUUGUAAAUUAUGUUACUGAAUACACACCAACAUUUAUGAUGGAAGAAUAACUGGGGUUAAAAAAGGGCAAAUGGAAUCUUUCGCAAAGGUGAUAAUGGGGUUCAAUGGAAAAACUGAGUAUUUGAAGAGUGGCUUUGUAAUUUUUCAAAUUUUAAAACGACAUAACUGAACUAUUGGAUGAAAGCUUCAUUAAUUAUUGUAUAAAGUAAUUUCCUUAAUAUAAUACAGGUGUUCAGUUCCUUUAUUUUUGUAAUUAAGAUAUUUCGUAGGUAAC